UCUCUCGCUCUCCACACAGCUCGCCCGUGAAUGAGUCCACUCAGACACAAGCUGUUAAACAGAGCAGCCUCUCUCUCGCUCGCCCUCGUUCUCUCAGGAGCAGACAGAACAGCAGAGCAUCGGCGGCAGAGCGACACAGGACGAAGACACAACACUGAGAGGAACAUUUAGAGGAGUGCGUCGCCUGCAAGACCGCGCACAUCAGAGCAGAAGCAACAGAUUGCUCCCCGGUUGCAUCUGUUGCUGCGACUGAUGCUCCCCCAGCUGACCUGGGUUUGGAUUUGUACGAAACCUCCCGCAACCCGACGUCUCCCAGGCUUUUAAAAGUCAGUUUACCUGUGGGGAAAGAGAUGCUUCUGUGAUGUCAAAGCACGAGGAAACGACAGCGCCGAGCAACAGGAACGGAAGGCUUUGAUUCAGUCAGCAGCGUCUCCUCCCUCCUUUCCUCCCUCCACCAGGAUCUGAGGACGAGCAGACAGCCGAGCGGUGAAUGCACAAGCAGGCGGAGGGGGUCAGAUUGACAUGCAGAGUGCAGAGUUCAGGGAGUUUUUAGCUGGAAAACAAAGAGAGCAGGAGCAGGUUUGGUAGCUGCGUGGUGAAGAAGAAGAAGAAGAAGAAGAAGAAGAAGAGGGUAAGACUUUUCCCCCAGACAACAACAAGUCCAUCAGAAGAUCAGCUGGACCUGUGAGGAUGACGAGGAGGAUGUUAACGAGCGUCUGCAGCAGAACAGAAGAGAAACAAGAGUGUGAACAUUAGAGACGACAUGACAGGAAGAGAGGGAUUGAACUCUGCGCUGCACUGCCACAGAUAGAUUCAGAAACAAAGACAUCAUCUCCCACAACGUUUGAUCAUCUGAGGAGAGCGAGCAGAAAGAAAGACACUCAUUGGUGGAGGAUGAUUCUGCACCAGAGCGUUGAUUUAGUCGAGUAAGAAGCGUAGAGUAAGAAUCUGAAGUUUGAGCACCGCUUUGUUUCGGUGCGAGCGUCUUCGGGGGGGUGGGGGGGGUUGGUGCUUGUUUUUUUUCGACUCUUCUCGAGGUGGAUCUGCCGUGGGGGGCAGCUGACAGCCAUCCAAGACGCCGCGCGCCGUACUCCGCGUGAAGAAUGCCCAGCCGCGCCUGGCCAAGCCGGCCGACCCGGGCCCGACGGCGGGCCUCUACAUGGAGAGGUCGCAGAGCCGCAUCAGCCUGUCGGCGUCCUUCGAGGCCCUCGCCAUCUACUUCCCCUGCAUGAACUCCUUCGACGAGGACGAUGGGGUGGACACGGAGGGCAGGAAGCUGAAGGGGGGCAUCCAGAGGAGCACAGAGACCGGUCUGGCCGUGGAGAUGCCGAGUCGGACGGUCCGACAGGCGAGUCACGAGUCGAUAGAGGACAGCAUGAACAGCUACGGCUCCGAGGGGAAUCUGAACUACAGCGGCAUGUGUUUGGCAUCGGACGCACAGUUCAGCGACUUCCUGGACGGGAUGGGACCCGCUCAGUUUGUUGGGCGACAGACGCUGGCGACGACAUCCAUGGGUGACAUAGAGAUCGGCCUGUCGGAGAGGAACGGGGGUCUGGAGGUGGAGGUUGUCCAGGCCAGAGGACUCACCAUGAAGCCAGGUUCAAAGGGACCUCCAGCGGCGUACAUCAAAGUUUACCUCCUGGAGAACGGCAUCUGCGUGGCCAAGAAGAAGACCAAGUCGGUGAGGAAGUCUCUGGACCCUCUCUACAACCAGGUCCUGGUCUUCUCUGAGAGCCCUCAGGGGAAAGUGGUGCAGGUGAUCGUUUGGGGCAAUUAUGGACGUAUGGACCGCAAAUGCUUCAUGGGCGUGGCUCGAAUCCUAUUGGAGGAGCUGGACCUCAGCGCGAUGGUGAUCGGCUGGUACAAGCUCUUCCCUACCUCCUCCAUGGUGGACCCGACGAUGGCGCCACUCAUCCGCCAUUGCUCCCAGAUGUCCCUGGAGAGCACCAUCGGGCCCUGUUGUGAGCGAUCAUAAGACUCAACGCUUAUCGUCACGUUUUGUUGAUGCGACUAUGAUUUCAUUGCCGUGUCGACUGAGACUUUUUCUUACACCCUGCAGCUCUAGGGUCAGCAAUGGGGUGAAGAAUCGUGUCACUCGAGGACGCUUUGGACCGAACUAUCCCUCUGAUCGGACAGUGACCAUUCUAAUUCGUGGGUCAUUGGAAACGCACUGUAAUUCUUUUGAUAUUUCAUCCGACUGUUUCCCGGGACUCAAGGGAAACAAGUUUCUUUUGUUGAUGCAACUGACCG